AUGCCGAGAAGAGUUCUUACCGCGGAGGAGCGCCAGCGCGUAAACGCCUUCAGCGAAGCCCUAGAGACAGCUUUGAGUCAGGUCGACAGUGGCGACUUUAAAGCCCGAGAGCGUGUGAGGAUAGAAGUGGACAAGGCUCAUCCUCUCAGUCAAGAAACCCGCGAGGCAUGGUCGUUUGAGGAGCUUGCUCAGUUCGCUGGCCCUCUGCGAGAAGUGGCAUGUGAAAUCAACUGGUGCAAAUUCAAGCCAGAUGCUCCGUGGGGUCUAGUGGUUUACCGAACGGCGUACGGUGAUAAUGCUGCCUGGGACCGAAUACUAGAUGAGCUUAAAGAUUCUAUCGAGUGGCUGCCGUACGAGCCUGCCCCUAACCCUGAGCUAUAUCCCAGGCACCGAUUUGAAAUCAUGGACGAUCAGAGCCAAUUUGAGGGUGCUAGUAUAGAUACCUUGCGCAAGAAAUUCUCUGCGUGGGUGGUGGACGAGUACCGCAAUAACUGCAAACAUGACCAAUGUCCCUCUGUGGAUGAACUCAAGGCCGAAAUGGCAGGCAUACACGGUGAGCUUGGGGGUGGCCCUCGCUACAACUUCUUUCUAGUUGUUGAUGAUAUCUGUCUUGAGUCUGUACAUCAGAAAUGUGGCCCAGUGGUCAAGUUGGUGCAGAGAGCCGGGCAUGAGGAUGCGGAUGCGGAUGAUGAUAGUUAUUUGGCCCAAGAAAUUGAGGAAUUAGGCGGCCCUAGGCUAGCAGAUUCAGACUGGGAAGGGGGCAUAUCGGAAAAUGAGUUUGAGAAUGUUGGCUGGAUGUAUAUGGAGACGUCGGAUUAUGUCGAUCUUCAAGAAAGCUUGGUGCAAGCUUCCAACUGGGAAGACCACUACCUAAGGCCGCCGCAGAUGAGGUGGCUGGAUGGAUUUGAGGAUACGCCGGGAUCAUGGAGGAGGCAGAGGAAAGUUGGGAGCGAGGAAGCAGAAGGAAAGAGCCGAGACUCUAUACAAGGAAACGGCACAGCUGCGACUCUGAAGAGGCCGCCGCCGCCACCAGGGCUGCAACCGUGGGAGGUCCUGUGGUUGGAGUCUUUGACAGGAGAUGACGGUCAAUUGUAG